AUGUUCGCUAAAUCCGCCACCAUUGCGAUUGUCCUCGCCGCGCUCGCCGGUUUCUCCGCCGCUGUCCCCACAGCCGACUGCCGGACGAGCAAGACGUGCAGCAGCGGGAAGGUUGCCCUGGUCGCCCCUGCAGCCCCAGUCGGGUCAUGCAGCACCGGGAAGGUCCAAUGCUGCAACAGCGUUGAACAUAGCACGCAACCACACGUCAACAACCUUCUACUUGGGUUGGAGCACUUUGGUCUCGUCAAGGGUCUCAUUGGGGGUUUGACUGGCAACGUUGGAAUUCAAUGUAGCCCUCUCCUCCUGUCGGGCAACUCCUGCACGGCUCAAACCGCCUGCUGUGAGAAUGUCCACUUCAAUGGUCUCAUCGCCGUUGGCUGCUCGCCUGUCAAUUUGAGCCUCUUGUAA